AUGGUGCAAAUGGCUUGUUACUGUUUGUUAGCUGUUUCUAUAUCCCAGCUCGUUAGUCCUAUAUCCCAGCUCGUUAUUCCUAUAUCCCAGCUCGUUAUUCCUAUAUCCCAGAUCGUUAUUCCUAUAUCCCAGCUCGUUAUUCCUAUAUCCCAGCUCGUUAGUCCUAUAUCCCAGCUCGUUAGUCCUAUAUCCCAGCUCGUUAGUCCUAUAUCCCAGCUCGUUAGUCCUAUAUCCCAGCUCGUUAGUCCUAUAUCCCAGCUCGUUAUUCCUAUAUCCCAGCUCGUUACCCCUAUAUCCCAGCUCGUUAUUCCUAUAUCCCAGCUCGUUAGUCCUAUAUCCCAGCUCGUUAGUCCUAUAUCCCAGCUCGUUAGUCCUAUAUCCCAGCUCGUUAGUCCUAUAUCCCAGCUCGUUAGUCCUAUAUCCCAGCUCGUUAGUCCUAUAUCCCAGCUCGUUAGUCCUAUAUCCCAGCUCGUUAUUCCUAUAUCCCAGCUCGUUAGUCCUAUAUCCCAGCUCGUUAUUCCUAUAUCCCAGCUCGUUAGUCCUACUAUAUCCCUGCUCGUUAGUCCUAUAUCCCAGCUCGUUAGUCCUAUAUCCCAGCUCGUUAUUCCUAUAUCCCAGCUCGUUAGUCCUAUAUCCCAGCUCUUCUCAGAAAGUAUUGACCAGAUACCAGAAAGUAUUGACCAGAUACCAGAAAGUAUUGACCAGAUACCAGAAAGUAUUGACCAGAUACCAGAAAGUAUUGACCAGAUACCAGAAAGUAUUGACCAGAUACCAGAAGGUAUUGACCAGAUACCAGAAAGUAUUGACCAGAUACCAGAAGGUAUUGACCAGUUACCAGAAAGUAUUGACCAGAAAGUAUUGACCAGAUACCAAAAAUAUUGA